AUGAAUUCUAUUGACAAGCCAGACACGGAUGUUCAACGAGAUUCCGACGGAUCUGUGGGGGACCAGGCGCAAAACUCAAAUCGCUUUGCAUCUCUACAAAGUGACGAAAUAUCGUCCGACAGUAGUGGAACUCAAGAGUUCGACGAGGUUAAAGUGGUGGCGGUGCAAAAGAAUCCCUCCAAGGAGCCCGAGUCAUCGGAUGAAGAUGAAGACAAUGAUGCCGAUGACACUGAAGACAGAAGGACCAUCGUGGACGACGCAAUGGAGGAAGAUGACGAUGAUGAAUGGGUCAGUAGCGAUGGGACGAAUACGCAUGAUGAGGCCAUGGACGACAACACUCCACCGUUGACUUCCCACAACCUCACAGCAACACAAGACUCAGCAGGUACAGGGAUCCUUAUGGAGCCCUCGGAAACAACCCCUCCUCGCGUUCAACGUCCACCAACACUUGCCGAACGGAUUUCUAACCUCAUUCAGGUGAGUAUGGAAGGGGUACCAGGCAAGUGUCACAUCUUCGAAACUACUUUCUCUGUGGACUAUCAAGGGUCGGAUUCAGGAACUGUGGCGGCUGCGCUCUUGUCAACAGUUCUGAAUUCUAUGGAGGAAGCAAUCAACAAUUCCCCUCAUGAAUUAAAGCUCCUUCCGAUCUCUGAUACCACAUAUAAACAACAGAAUCUUUGGAUUCGAAACUCAGUAGAUUUACGUAAUCGCCUUCCGACUUAUCGCACCUUGUUGACUUACUGUGAUAUGGAAUAUGGUAACGGUCCUUACGCGGCAACCAACAGCAAGCCGGGCGAGAAGAAACUACGCACACGCCUUUGCGUCGGCUUUUCUUCUGAGGCUUCUGUCGAGGCCGUCCAAGACUACCUUCAUACUGGACUACGUCAAUUGGGUAGAGGCGCUGGGUGCUACCCUUCUCCGUUGCAGUAUGGAGAAAUUGUGAAGAUCGGAUCAUGCUCGUUUAUUCCUGCAGAAGUUAACUUCUCAGCUUAUGCAAAGGAGCUGAUGAGACUAUUUGAUUUCGAAGUACCUAUUAUUAUCAAGAUGGAUUGGGUUUCUAUUCCGUACACGGGACAAGCAAAGUACGACAAACGGUCUCCUGGAGUGACUAGUCCACAUUGUUUAAAACAUGUUAAAAGGUUCUUGAUUCAUCACCUGUGCGAACUUACCGAUACGCAAGCUGAUCGAGUCUUGGGCAAAUGGAUUCCCAAAUCAGAAAUCCAGGCGACUCGUCGUAAGAUUUUGGUAUGGUGCACCAAUACACUACGCGCUAUUCAGGCCUCCGAUCAGUCAAACAAGGUGGAAGAAGCUCUGGAGUUUUUGGAUGAUGUGAUCGAAGAUACCACCGAUGUUCACCAAGGACAACUCUCGAUCGACAUGGAUAUGGCGAACGCCAAGGAUAUUGACGAUGGACAAACGGUCACCGGGAUGCUUGAUGAAAUGCACGAACGUGAACAACAACUGGAGGAGGCCUUUGUGGAAAUUGAACCUCGUGACAACGCCUUGGCGGCUAAAGAUCAGGCCCUGGCCCAGCAGAAGGCCGCGACUGCAGCUCUCCAAGCCCAACUUGAAGCUCUUCAACGUCAAACAGCUCACCACUUGGCAAUCGACUCGCAACCACCUGCUCAAAACAAUGAGGUAUCUCCAGAUCGGUCCGAAUUUACUACGCCACCAAAAAAGAGGAAAAGCAAGGAUACCUCCACGGUUAAGAGGAGCGUUGACAGGUCUACGGCUGGUCUUAAGCCGCCCACUAAGUCAACUCGCACCAGCCCGUCUGUUCACUUUCAGCAGCCGAAGCAGCGGUCUCCCGGAAAAAGUCUCAGGUUCACGUGGACACAACUCAGAUGGAGGGCGAUACUACUACAGCCGUGUCCCAGGACGAGAGCCUCUCAUCUCUGA